AUGGCAGUGUCACUAGCUGCAGCCUCGAGUUGUAAGAUAAGACUGCGGCUUUCCCGGUGCAGGACGCUGUGCAGUAAACCGCCAGAGAAUGGGUCGCCUUCGGCCCUGGAACCGAGACCCCGGAAGGACCCCAGCGCCCGCUCCGUGCUCCUCUUCCCCGGCCAGGGUAGCCAGUUCGUGGGCAUGGGUCGCGGUCUUUUGCGGUAUCCCAACGUGCCGGAGAUGUUCGAGGCGGCCAAGAAGAUCCUCGGCUACGAUCUGCUGUCAUUGUGCCUGAACGGCCCCGAAGAGGAGCUCACCAAGACGGUUCACUGCCAGCCGGCUGUGUUCGUCACCUCGCUCGCGGCCGUCGAAAGGCUCAACCACCAAAACCCCAAAGCUAUCGAGAUGUGUGUCGCCGCUGCCGGCUUCAGCGUGGGCGAAUUUGCCGCGCUAGUCUUUUCCGGCGCCAUGAGCUUCGCUGGAGCUUUGUACGCGGUGAAAGUGCGCGCUGAGGCCAUGCAAGCGGCGUCAGAGCUGGCACCCAGCGGGAUGAUGUCGGUGGUGGGCAAAGCUCAGGCGAACUACAAACAAGCCUGCCUUGAAGCUCAGGAGCACUGUCGUUCUUUGGGCAUUGAAGAGCCCGUGUGCGCUGUGGCAACGUACCUCUUCCCUAACGGUAGGGUGAUCGCGGGACACCACCAGGCAUUGGACUAUCUGCAGCAGAACGCUCGGCGCCUCCACUUCCUCAGGACCAAAAUGCUACCCGUCGGCGGCGCCUUCCACACCGAGCUCAUGAGCGCCGCUGCCGAGCCCUUGGCGGAUGUUCUGCGUCAGCUGGAGGUGCGUCGCCCCGAGAUCAAUGUCUACUCCAACGUAGAUGGCAAGCGUUACAUGAGUGACAGUCACGUGCGGCGCCAGCUAACCCGCCAGCUCACAGCGCCUGUCAAGUGGGAGCAGACGCUGCACGAGAUGUUCGAGCGGACCCGCGGCGAACGCUUCCCGCGCGCGUACGAGGUCGGGCCCGGACGCCAGCUGGGCGCCACGCUGCAACGGUGCAACCGCAAGGCCUACGACGGCUAUGUCCACGUGGACGCUGCCGAAGACGACGAACGGUGA